AUGCUCUCUUACUAUUUACUCUUGUUUAAACUUUACUAUGCCUUGGCCCUUAGUAUUAGUGACUCACCACUCAUUCUAUUCUUGCUUGGCGCCUACCUGAUGACAACAUGCUUUCUGUGUCCUUCAUCCGCUGCCGCUCUCAUUCAGAGCGUGCAUAAAACUGCUGUCAUCACGCCAAUUCUGCUUUCAACUUUACAAUCUUACGAAGCCGGGGGAUCUACCGAAGCAGGAGAUACUGAGACUCGUACUUCCCUGGCAGCCGAACGUCAACGCCUUUCUGAGACAUUUGGUUCAGAGUCUAUUUGUAUCCUCGUGAGUAAAAUAUUGAUUUCCUGA